AUGGCUCCCACGAACAGCGCCACGGCGCACAUGGCGACGACGACGCUGAAGGUCGAGGGCAUGACAUGCGGCGCAUGUACUUCGGCCAUCGAGACGGGCUUCCACGGCGUCGCAGGAGUCGGGAACGUGUCCAUCAGCCUCGUCAUGGAGCGCGCCGUCAUCUCUCACGACCCGGACGUGAUAUCUGCCGACGACGUCAAGGAGAUCAUCGAGGACAGGGGCUUCGAUGCCGAGGUGCUGUCGACGGACCUGCCCGUCUCGCACAACGCCGACGACCACUUCCUGACCGAUUCCGAGGACGAAGAGGACGGCCUGCUGGCGAACGACGGCUUAUCGACGACCACACUCUCCGUGGGCGGCAUGACAUGUGGCGCCUGCACUUCGGCGGUGGAGGGUGCGUUCAAGGACGUAGCGGGGAUCAAGUCGUUUAGCAUAUCGCUGCUGUCAGAACGCGCCGUUAUCGAGCACUGGACCAAGAUCAUCACGCCGGACCAGCUGGCCGAGACAAUAGAGGACGUUGGGUUCGACGCAGAGGUGCUGGAAACCGUUGCUGACGUACCUGCGCCGAAGAAGACCAAGGGCGCGAAGAAAUCGAGGACCAUGACGACAACCGUCGCAGUCGAGGGCAUGACCUGUGGUGCUUGCACGUCUGCCAUCGAGGGCGGCUUCAAGGACGUGCCUGGAGUGUACCAGUUCAACAUCAGCCUGCUUGCAAACCGCGCCGUGCUCGUUCACGAUCCUUCAAAGCUCAGUGCGGAGAAGAUCGCGGAGACCAUCGAAGACUGCGGGUUCGACGCUACGAUUCUGUCCUCGGAAGAUGCCAGCAUGCACCAGUCCUCGUCGACCAAUGCGCCCAUACACCUCAAGAUCUACGGUCUGCCAGACAUCGAGGCUGCGCAGGAGCUAGAGGGGCUGCUCAGGAACCGAUCUGGCAUCACCUCCGUACAGAUCAACUUCGCUACUUCGAGAGCCAUCGUCAGGCGCGAGCCCCAGGUCAUUGGGCUACGAGCCGUAGUCGAAGCCAUCGAAGCCGCAGGCUACAACGCUCUGGUCUCGGACUCUGACGACAACAACGCCCAACUCGAGUCCCUUGCCAAGACAAAGGAGAUCCAGGAGUGGAGACGAGCAGUCGUCUUCUCGGCUUGGUUCGCCUUCCCAGUCUUCCUCACCAGCAUGAUCUUCCCCAUGUUUCUGCCAUUCCUCGACUACGGAAGAAUCAGAAUCAUACCUGGUCUCUACCUUGGCGACAUCGUCUGCCUUGCUCUCACCAUCCCGGUGCAGUUUGGCAUUGGCAAGCGUUUCUACAUCUCUGCGUACAAGUCUCUCAGCCACGGAUCGCCGACCAUGGACGUCCUGGUCGUUCUUGGCACCUCAGCCGCCUUUUUCUUUAGCAUCGCAUCCAUGCUUGUUUCCAUCUUCGUACCUCCCCACACCAAGCCUACCACGCUCUUCGACACCAGCACUAUGCUGUUCACAUUCAUCAGCUUGGGCCGCUUCCUCGAAAACCGUGCAAAGGGUCAAACUUCAAAGGCGCUGUCGCGGCUCAUGUCUCUCGCACCCUCCAUGGCUACCAUCUAUGCUGAUCCCAUCGCUGCCGCCAAGGCCGCUGAAGGCUGGGACGCCGUCGACGAGAAGGACGGCCGUCCUUCGAUGGACGUCAAUGCUGCCGAAGAGCGCGUAAUUGCUACCGAGCUUAUCGAGGUCGGCGAUGUUGUCAUCCUCCGUCCCGGCGACAAGAUCCCUGCUGAUGGUACAGUAACCCGUGGCGAGUCCUACAUCGACGAGAGCAUGGUCACUGGUGAAGCUAUGCCUAUCUUGAAGAAGAAGGGGGCACUCCUUAUGGCCGGUACCGUCAAUGGUGCAGCCCGCAUGGAGUUCAUCGUCACUCGCGCUGGUCGUGACACCCAGCUCAGUCAGAUCGUUCGUCUUGUACAGGAGGCUCAGACCAGCCGAGCCCCGAUCCAACGUCUUGCCGACACCGUCGCCGGAUACUUCGUUCCCAUCAUCAUUACACUUGGUCUCGCCACGUUUGUUGCCUGGAUGGUGUUGAGCCACGUCCUGCCCUACCCACCCAAGGUCUUCCUCAACCACGCCAGCGGUGGUAAGCUCAUGGUCUGCGUCAAGCUCUGCAUCGCCGUCAUCGUCUUCGCGUGUCCCUGCGCCCUCGGUCUCGCAACGCCCACCGCCGUCAUGGUCGGCACUGGUGUCGGCGCCGAGCAGGGCAUUCUGGUCAAGGGCGGCGCCGCCCUCGAGACCGCCACCAAGAUCAAUCACAUCGUCUUCGACAAGACGGGCACCCUCACAGUCGGCAAGAUGAGCGUCUCGCGCGCCGACAUCCAGGGCGAAUGGGCCGCCAAGAAGAACCUCUGGUGGACGCUCAUCGGGCUCGCGGAAAUGGGCUCCGAGCACCCCAUCGCCAAAGCCGUCGUCGGCUCCGCAAAAGAGCACCUCCGCCUAGGCCCCGACGGCAUCCUCGACGGCGCAGUUGGCGACUUCGAAGCCGUAGUCGGCAAAGGCAUAACCGCCAACGUCGAAGCCGCCGUCUCGGGUCCAAGGACACGCUACAAGGUCCUCAUCGGCAACGCAACCUUCCUGCUCGCCAACGGCGUCGUCGUCCCCGACCUCCUCGACGAGCCGCUCACACCCAACCCUGUCGCUCGCUCCACCCAGACCCGCUCAGCAGGCAUCACCACCAUCCACACCGCCAUCGGCACGACCUACACCGGCGCACUCUCACUCUCCGAUACCAUCAAGCCCUCGGCACGCGCCACGGUCAACGCGCUCAAGCGCCUCGGCAUCACAUGCAGCAUCGUGACAGGCGACACGUCAGCCAGCGCUCUCGUAGUCGCCGCCGCCGUCGGCAUCGACAACGCCUCGGUGCACGCCUCAGCCACGCCCUCGGACAAGAAAGCAAUCGUCUCGGACAUGCAAGCGCGCGGUCUGUGCGUCGGCAUGGUCGGCGACGGGAUCAACGACUCGCCCGCCCUCGCGAGCGCAGACAUGGGCAUCGCGCUCAGCACCGGCACAGACGUAGCCAUGGAAGCCGCAUCCAUCGUGCUCAUGAGCACCACGGACCUGCUCGCCAUCCCCGCCAGCCUGUGCCUCUCGCGCAGCAUCUUCCGCCGCAUCAAGCUCAAUCUCGCCUGGGCGUGUAUGUACAACUUCAUCGGCCUGCCAUUCGCAAUGGGCUUCUUUCUGCCCUGGGGGCUGAGUCUGCAUCCCAUGGCCGCUGGCGCCGCUAUGGCUUGCUCCUCCGUCAGCGUCGUGCUGAGCUCGCUGCACCUCAAGUUCUGGACCCGCCCGCGCUGGAUGACGCUCGCAGCGCUGGAUCCGAGCGCGGAGCUGCCGGAGGGCAUGGAGAGGCAGGAUUUCCAACGACCUGGCGUCUUUGCUGUGGCGAGGGAGUGGGUCGGCGACUCUUGGGCUGCGUGGGGGAGGAACAGGGAGGAGGCGCGCUAUGUGCCGUUGCAGGACAUGGGGGAGCGGUGA